AUGGGGAAUUUUGCUGUAGCUCAAGAUUUUCAGGGAAACGAGAAAGUUUUUAAAGAUUACGCAGCUCUCCAAGAAUUUUGUGCUUGGUUGUUCUCACCAGUCCACAAACAAUAUACAGCAAUCGCCCAUAAUAUGAAGGGGUUCGACGGUCAAUUCAUUACAGCAUGGCUUUUAGAGCAAGGCACUACUCCUGACGUUAUUCCUUGUGGCUCAAAAGUCAUGAGCAUCACUCAUCCGAAUUUGCGAAUCACAAUUAUUGAUUCAUAUAAUUUUUUACCGAUGGCCUUAGCAAAAUUACCCUCUUGUUUUGCGAUUCCUGAGAUUAAGAAAGGUUUUUCCCCCCACUUAUUCAACACGGUGGAAAACCAAAACUAUGUAGGACCACUGCCCGACCGAUCUUUUUGUUGCCCAGACACAAUGUCUGUCAAUAAUCGAACUGAAUUUUUAAAGUGUUCCGAUGUAGACAUAUUAAGAAGAUGUUGCAAUGUAUUCCGAUCGGAGAUGAUACAAAUUUCAGGGGUCGAUCCUUUUCGUUAUAUUACAAUUGCUUCGUCAUGCAUGGCUGUCUAUAGAAGCAAACACGUUGUGGAAGGGCCUAUUGCCAUGGUUCCCGUGAAUGGAUAUAUCAAUACAACCAAUUUCAGUGCAGACACUGUUAGAUGGUUGGAUUUUGUAGCUCGUCAGGAGCACAUCCAAAUUCAACAUGCUCUUACAGGAUGUGGAGAAGUCAAAAUCAAUCAUGUCAGUGUUGAUGGGUUCUGUAGUGAUACAAAUACAAUUUAUCAAUACCUUGGAUGCUUCUACCAUGGGUGUCUAGAGUGUUAUGAAGGAGAUGCUGUGCACCCUUUAAAGAAAAUAACGAUGCCAGCCCUAAGAAAAAAUACAAGAGAGUUGACCGAAAAGUUGUGCUCUUCAGGCUACAGAGUUAUUGAGAUGUGGGAGCAUCAGUUUCAAAAAAUGAAGAAGGAUUGUUCAGAGCUGAACGAAUUCAUUAAGAAUCAUGAUGUGCAAGAUAGACUGAAACCCAGAGAUUCCUUCUUUGGCGGUAGGACUAAUGCCAUACGACUGUACUACGAAGGUGAAGCAAAAUAUGUCGACUUCACCUCGCUAUACCCAUGGGUAAACAAAUAUUGUGACUACCCAGUUGGUCAUCCGGAAAUCAUAACAUGGGAUUUUCAGGAUGUAAAUAAUUACUUUGGGUUAAUAAAAUGCAAAGUCUUACCACCAAGAGGACUGUACUUACUUGUUCUGCCAUACAGAUCUAAUCAGAAACUGAUGUUCCCGCUAUGUAGAAAGUGCACUGACAAUCUGGCUCAAACAGUCUACCAGCACACAGAUGAAGAACGCUCAUUAAUUGGAACCUGGGAGAAAUCCAACCGUCUCUUCCGUUCAUAUAUCGAUCUCUUCCUGAAGUUCAAACAAGAGAGUAGUGGCUGGCCAGCAAAUUGUGUGAGUCCAGAAGAUAAACUACAAUACAUUCAAGAUUAUAAAAACAGAGAAGGAAUAGAUUUGGACCCAACAAGAAUUGAAAAAAAUCCCGGUCGACGGGCAGUGUCCAAAGCAUUUCUUAACAAUUUUUGGGGAAGAAGGGCAAUGAACCUCUGCAAACCCCAUUUAACAUACGUAAAUGAUCUACCCAAAUUUAUUAAGAUGCUGGCUGAUUCUACGAAAAAGGUUAAAGAUAUAUAUUUUCCAAGUUCCGAAGUUGCUGCAAUACAGUGGGAAGCUGUGAAGGAAUUUAUCGACCAAGACACAACAACAAACGUAUUUAUAGCGUCUUUUACAACAGCAUGGGCCAGAUUAAAACUCUAUGAAGAGAUGAAUAAACUUGGUGAUUCCGUCCUAUACCACGACACGGAUUCCAUUAUUUAUGCAAGCUCAGGAGAUAAUGACCCACCUUUUGGAAACUUCUUGGGCGAAUUCACAGAUGAGCUUGACGGCGAUGUGAUUACAUCAUUUGUUUCUGGCGGAGCAAGAAACUACGCUUAUAGAACAGCGUCGGGCAAAACAUGCUGUGAAGUUAGAGGUUUCUCUUUGAAUUUUAGAAACUCUGAAAUCCUGAAUUUCGAUUCAGUUAAACAUCUUGUGCGCUCUUUAGACAGAGAAACCACAAUACCUCUCUGCAAUACUUCAAAAAUUGUCCGCCGGCCAAAGAAGAGGAAGGUUGUGAACAUGACGGAAACAAAGAAGUAUCGUAUGAUUUACGACAAGAGGAUUAUUAACGAGGCUGAUUACACAACUCUCCCUUAUGCAUUUGAAAGGAUCAAAAUGUCUAGUGGAUGCGACCCACUCAAAAAAAAAAAAAAAGCGUNUCAAAAAAAAAAAGCGUGCCUAGUGGCGACGCCCACUUAA